GGCAACAUUGCGAGAUUGUGACGGUCGCCAUUGCUACGUCCAUAUUAUCUCGUAUUCAAUAGGACUUUUAUAGCCAUUUCAUAUAUUGCUGACUUUUAAUUAUUGUGUUUCGUGAACAAUUUGGACACAGUGAAGUGUAACUGAUGUGAUUUUAUAUUGUUAUCGUCGUGAGAAUAACUUUAAUAAGUGCUCAAUAUUCUUGAAAUCGCGGCCAAUGUCAGCAGGCGUGUCAGAUCAGCGGAUGAAAGGACAAGGGAAUCAAGUGACAAAUGUACCUAAGGAGCAACAGUUAGAAAGUGGUGGUGACGAGUUGGCAGAGGCAUCAUGGCGUCACCAACAGCAACCCUCAUAUGCUCCACCCAUCUCGUCAGCAGCCGAUCCCUACAGCGCGGCAGGUUAUUAUGGCACAACAGCUCUUCCUUAUCAAGCUUUUGGAGUUGGGGAUGGUACAUGGUCCACCAAUGGAACCGAUCCAAUGACAUUCCUCGGGGGAUACAAUCCUCACGAUUCUUACGGAAUGGAUGGUGUUUUUGGACCAUCAACAACUCCCUUCUCAACAGCUGCAUUCGGGCAGCCAGCUUCAACUUUUAAUUACUUUCAUGGAAAUGGUGAUUACUCAACUUGGGGUCAAUUAGGUCGUGCAAAACAGUACGAUGAUUACUACAGGGCUGACGGUUUGUACGUUCCAGACGGCAUUAAGGCUGUCGACAGUGGCGUCCAGGCUCUCUCACUUGGAGAACAUAAAACCGAUAAAGAACGCAUCUCCGAGCUCAAGGACGUAUCGAGUGGAUCGCAACCCAAAAAGAUGACAUGGGCUUCUAUCGCAAGCCAACCGGCGAAACCGGCACCGACAUCACAAACGGUAGGAUUGAAAAAGAAAGGCCCGGGUAUGCCCCCG